GUUGCAGUCUCAAUGCAUUGAAUGCAAAUUCAAUUGCAUAUUCAUGUGCUUUGUUUGUGUGUGUGUGUGUGAAAAGUAAUUCGCAGUCAACUUGGGCGUGACAAAGUGCUAAAAGUGCAAUGUGCUAAUUAUGCAGGCCCACGGGUCGUAUGCGUGUUAACAGCAACAGACACAGACAUAGACACACACAGGCAAAUGCUUGUAUGUCUAUCGACGAGUGCAAAAGCUACUCUCAAUAUAACUUGUUGCUGCAAAUUGAGUGUCAAGCCAAGCAAGAAGCCAUCAAUUUGAAAAGUCACUUUCGUCUGUUCGUCUGUCUGUCUGUCGCGAUUUGAAUUAUCAGUUGUCAAAGUUGAAAUGUUUUGCUCUACGAUUUACCUGAAACUGAACUGAAGAGAGUGAAAUAAUGUCAUGCAUUGGCUCGACGGAAUUUCUUUGGAUGACAAUUUAAUUAGCGGACGCGCCAGCGGCAGCAACGGCGAGCAUAGCGACGGCGGCAAUCAGCGGAAAUCAACGCAGAGCUCAUCGCCAACAAAAUCAAAACGAAGACGUAAUGCGCACUAUAAGCUAAAUAACAGAUUGGACAGGAAGUCAUCACGUGGCAUGAUAUAUGAAAAUGAAGAACUCAGGUUACGCACAAUCAACAUAAAUGCGGAAGUCGAACGAGGUCAAUCGGAUAUUAAGCGACUGCGGCGAGAGAAUGAGCAACUACGACGGGAGAUCUGGACGCUGCGGGAUGAGUGCGAUCGACUCAACAAGCGCUUCAAGGCAAAGCUAAAUGAACACGAGUUCGCCAGUUGUCGCGGCAGCGGUGGCAGCGGCUGUCGCUGCAGCGGCGGCGGCAGAGGCAGCGCAGGCUGUGACGCCCACACAGAUGACUCUGACUCUUGUGAUACUUGUCACUGCGAUGAGGACGGACACUGCAGUGAUGAAUGCUGCCAGGAGGGCGGCGUGCCCAUUAAGCCACCACUGGCGCCAGAGCACACUGAGCAGAAUAGCGCAGAAAGUCAAGCUGCCAGCCAAGCAGACAAUCAGCCGCUGCACUUUGAUCAUCUCUCCGUGGUGUCGGAGGAAACGCUGAGCAAUCCGGAAAUGCAGCAGCAUUUGAUGAUCAGUUUACCCGAUGCCAAUGGAUCGCAGAGCACGCUGCCCAGUUUAGUGGGUCCGCUAACGCCGCUUACGCCCAUAGAGCUGGUGGCCAAUCAGCUGAACGAUCUGCAGGCUACAGUGCCGCCUUUAUCCUACUUUGAGAACAUUCUGCAUCAGCACAUGGCUGGCAAUAAAGCAUUGUUGACGCCAACGCCUGAGCUGGGCACCAGCUCCAGCACCACCACAGGCAAGACCAUGAAGCAUACCAACGGCUGGGAUUAUAACCUGCAGUCGCCAUUCUCACAGCGCAAAUACUCGAGCAUAUCGCCGCCCUCGUGUUCGCCACCACCGCCCACAGCAGCUGCGGCCACGCUGACUACGUUUGUGCCCACAUCAACGCUGCAGGCCAUGCCCAAGAUCGCACUGAGUGAGCCGCACAUACCGGCUGUGACUCAAGCAGCUGCAGGCAUCGAGACCGUUGCCAUAACUACAAAUGCCACGCAACAAGCGCUGAACAGCCCAAAGCAUUUUUUCGCUCCCAUUAAGCCGCGCCUCAAACUCAACACCCAGCUGGCCAACCAGGGCCACAAUCAGGACGACGAUCUGCCACCGGGCUCGCCACCGCCGCCGCUGGAUGCAGUGCUGCCGCUGCGUGAUCCUCCGGACAUAUUUGUCAACAAUGCGCUGGCCUCGCCCUAUCAGCGACCAGCGCCGCCGCCGCCGCCAGCGCGGCUCUCGCCUCAAGUAAGUCCGCGGCGUCGACAACGCGCGCAUUGUCAACUGCACCACAGCAGCCAGGCACGCCACGCCCACACCAGUCAAGCAGUGCGCCCACAGCAACGCCAAUCGCAGCAGCAGCUUGCGCAUCACUGCGCGCUGCAUCGCGCUGUGGUCAAUGUGGCCGCUGCCGUUGGCUUGGGUGAGAGCACUGACUGCGUGAGUGGGCGUGGCAGUGGCAGUGUCAUUGAUAUUUAUAGCGCAGCAUUGGCCGCUGCUGCUGCCGCUGCGACGGCAGCAAAAUCAGCCUCAGCACCUCCGUCCCCGCAACCCCUGAUCCGUUCUACUGAUCUCGUCUACGCAACUGCACAAAAGAGUUGCCACAGCGGUUGCAUCUCAGCCACUGCCCUGACCAAGCCCGUUAUGACCGCCACCACAAAUACCACAAAGUCAACAAGUUCGCCAUUGCGGCAGCCACCAACAGCGCAGCUAAUCAAAACUGAGCCUAAAGUAGCCAGCAGCCAAAGCCAAAGCCAGAGCGGCAGUCAGACGGACUCGGUCAAUUUGGAGGCCAUACUCAAUGACAUUGAGACCAUUUCAGAGGACAUAUUGGCCAUACAGCUGGAGAAGAGCAAGUCGCGCGAUAAUCUGAGCCAGGCCAACAACCACGAGGACAAGAACAAGAACAAACCCUAUCGCUCCGAGAUGAACUUGUAUCUGCAGUACGAUGGCACAAAUACGCCAAGUUCUGCCAGCACAAUGGGCACAGAAGUCAAUCACACUGCUGGCCAUCGAACUUUGUCCAGUCGCACACGUUCCUUGGAACGGGAGCACACAGACAGCCCCGCGCCCCACAUGCCCGACGCCAUGGCGCCCUUUCCCGACAAGUGCACGUAUCUGGGCUUUGAGCAGCUCAAUCAAGCGGCUGCGGUCAGUCCACAGAAACCGCCGCUCUCGGCCAAGCCCAACAUACCCGCCAAGCCACCGCCGCCGCUGCCACCCGCACGCCGCCCCACAGCGCCCGCUGAGCCACCACCCUCGCCACCUGUUGCAGUUGGAGUGCCGCCCAACAAGAGUCAGCUCUACAAGACGCUGGCCUCGGCAGCUGCCAAGCGCGCCAUCUUUCGCUCAUCGCCCUCACCGCUGACACGUUCGCUGGAUGUGGAGCCAACAGCAGACGCCGCUGAGCCGCAACUAACUAAUGAGGAAACGGAGGCAGCCAAGCGCAAGUCGCGUCGCGUUUCAAUUUUGUGCGGCGAGGAGCAGCCGUUGGCAGUUGCCACAACACCUGGCGAUGCGGCGCCACCGCCCACAACUACAGUCAGCUGUGUGGACUUGACAAGCGCCGCGGCCAGCGCCUUGGCCCACCCCAGCAUCAAGGCCUGCAAGCAGAUGAGCCAUAGCACGCCCAGCUCACCACAUUCCUCGCGUAGGCGCGUCAACAGCAACACAAUGACAGCGGCGGGACAUGCCGAGCUGACGGCCACGUCGUCGGCACCGCCCAGCACCACACACCACCAUCAUCAUCGCAAGGAGAGCAGCGAUCCGGCGCCCAUGACGACGGCGACUGUAAGUCGCACAAAAUGCUCGCGACGCCACUCCGAGGGCACUGUGCACAGUGUGCAGCGCAUUAGCCAUGCUAGCGGCGGUGGCGCCAGCGGCGGCGGUGGCCAUCAUCAUCAUCAUUCGCACCACCAUCCGCACAACAGCCUGAUUAGCAGCAAUCCGCAUCAUAGCCAUCAUUCCCAUCAGGAUAGCAAUCACGAGACGGUCACCUCCGCCUCCGAUCGCAAUUCGAACAGCUUUGGCUCCUCGCGCGAAUCCUCGACCAGCUUCAGCGUGCGCUCCAAUCGCCGCAAGAUCUCGAUCAGCUCUCACACGGGCGGCAAGAUUCCCUGGUGCGGCUGCUGGGGCAACGGCUGCCUGUAACCAGAGCCGUCGCUCACCACCGUCCUGCAUCUUGUACAUGGCUUACAAUUUAGUUAGAACUGUUAACGAAUGGAGCUUUGAACUUUCCCCGCCCGCCAGUAAAAGCAAAAGCAUUUUCUGAAAAUCUUCAAGUACAAAAAACACAAUUCGAUGCGGUUCUAGUCUUAACAUUUUACUGUAGCUUAAUUCAUCAGUUUUUAAUUGAAGUUCAA